UACUCCUGACUAAUUGGUGUGCGUACGUAUAAAUAGUCGUGAUUAAUUGGUACCCGGCCACGACAAGCGAGCCAAUUGCAGAUCGAUAUGUGGGUAUGGGUGGUUUUGUUCUUCCUGCUCCUCGCUAUCAUCGUUUUGGUUGUUUUCCAGCUUAUGUGUUUGGCUGAUCUAGAAUUCGACUAUAUCAACCCUUAUGAUUCUGCCUCUAGGAUUAACCAAGCUGUUCUUCCCGAGUUCAUUGUACAAGGAGUUUUGUGCUUACUCUAUCUAGGAACCGGCCAUUGGAUUAUGUCGCUUCUUUGCUGUCCUUACUUAUACUACGAUGUGCACCUGUAUUUGCAGAAACAACACUUUAUGGAUGUGACCGAGAUUUUUAACCAGCUCAAUUGGGAGAAAAGGCAAAGGCUUUGGAAACUUGGGUAUCUUGUUAUUCUCUUCAUCAUCUCCUUAGUUGUGAGGCUCAGAACAUAAGACCAAAAUAAAUAACAGAAUCUCAAUUAAGAUACAAGGAUUUUACUUGACACCAA